AUGGAAGACAUGUCACCAAUGAAUUCACCGGAUUAUCUUCAUUAUUCAUCCGAUUCUAAUGAUAAUAAUCUGGCUAAUUCAUCCCUAUCAAUACCUCUACUCGCUUUAAACGAUACAUGGAUCCUACCAAUAUUCGUUCUCUGUUUAUUUGGAAUUCUGUGUACAAUUAUCGUCUCGUUGAUAUUCAUCUAUCUUUCAUAUCGUCGUUUGAAUGGUCAUUUUUUAUUAACGAAUCUAUUUAUAUGCUUUGGUGUAUGCUUUAUUUAUACAGUUCUUAUAAUAUUUCUUCUUCGUGCUAAUGAAUUAUUUUGUGGUCUAAGAGAAUUUCUAUCCCAAUUAGCUUAUGCUCUGCUAUAUUCAGCGUUACUAUGUCGAUACAUCAUGCAAUGGUUAGGCGCAAGGAUUCUGUCGAAACGAACGAAACAGUUAACAUCGCUGUUGAUCUAUUUCUUGUUGAUUUUUACACAAGUACCGAUCGGUAUUCUUUGGUGGUACUUCACAAUUCCACGGAUGUGUCAACAACGAAGAAUGAAUGUUUUGUCAUCAUCAGCGACGAUUCCGGAGUUGAAUUUCUACUUUCAACAACCAUUUACGUCAUCGUCAUCAAUCAAACCAUGUUCAAAUCGUUGUCUUGUUGAUUAUCGUUUCUACGCCACAUUUACUUACACAAUUAUACAAUUAUUUCUCUGUACAAUUAUCUCCACAUGUUUAUUUCUUUGUCGACAUUGUCAUCGAGAUAGACCGCAAAAUGAUACACCGUCUAUCAAUGGAAACAAUCCUGUACUGACAUUUUCGAACAUGUUAGCUUUUGUUCUCAUUGAUCUGAUUUGGUUAACAUGGACGGCGGUCUACUAUUUUACGCAUCCAUUCUUUGUAUUUCCAGCGAUCAUUAUUGGCAUGUUUCUAAUCGCAUCGAUAUGCUUGUUACUAAUUCUCCUUCCACAAGUAUAUUAUUAUUCGAAAUUGAAAUUUAAUGAUGUAGAGAAAUUGAAAAGCAAAGUUACUGUGCCAUCGACGACUUUAUAUAGUAAUAAAUUAGCGUCAACGCAUGAUAUGAAUGAUCAAGAAGGUUUAUUGGAAGAUAGUACGAAAGAAUCGAAGAAGAAAAAUCAUAAGCUAUCGAAUGCGAGCGAUGGAUCGGAUGAAUUAGGAGCAAGUGGAACGUUUCUACCAAUAACGCGCACGCCCAAAGGACAAUUUAAAGUGACAACAACUGAUACAAGUACACCGAUAGAAAAACUUGAUAAAUUAAUCUAUGGUGAACAUCAGCAGACAUCUACAUCGCCGAACAAUGCAAAUAAGUCGGCUCUUAAUGAAAGGAAAGUCAAUGCAUCAGCCACCGAUACAGCAGAACAACGAUUACAACCACCUGUUACCGUUCCAUUACAACGUCAAUUAACAUCAAGUAGUAUUGCGUCAGAUUUUGUUACACCCGUUGUAACUAUUACUCCACAACAGCAACUAGCUUAUCAGCCUCAUGGAUCAGAUUCCUAUCGGACUCAUAAUCCGAAUCUUCAAACGUCAUCAUCAAUGUACUACUCAGGUUAUCCACCGCCACGUCGUGAUGAAACAAUUGUACCGAUUCUGUGUGCAUCAGAUCGCCCGCGAACAUCGACACCUGUUCAAAUGCGUUUUGUUGUGAACUCUGCACCGUCAUCUGUUCCAACAACACGACGUAUAUACUCUGGUACUGAUAUUCGAUACAUUCGUCAUCCAUAUCACCAUACAUAUCCUUCCCCACCGCCACCGCCUACCACACCACUGUACUAUUCUCCUCAGCCGCAACAAUAUCUUUUCAUUGAUCCCUAUCGAACAAUGCCGUCACGAAUUGGUAGCAAUCCAUGGCAUUCAGUUCUAUUACAACCACGCAGUGCUUCACAUCGUCAAACGCCUUCAACACCAUCAUCAUCCUACCGCCGAUUUCACAUGGAUAAUCGGUCAUUGUCCCAACGUCUAUGGGAUAUAGAUAGUGGUGAUGAUGAGAACGAUGGCGAGGAAGACAUUAUAAAAAUAGCUGGCCGUGAAACGCCACCAAAAGAACAAGUAACUGAUAUGCAUCACGAUCAUUUCGAAACUGAAGAUAAAAUCUUACUUCAUAUUGACGACGAUGGCGACGAUGAUGAAGAUGAACAUGAUGAAUCGUAUAGAAAACAGUACGCACAAGUUUAA